UAGUCUGUUUUUAUUUGUUUGUUUUUGUGUGCAAGGAGAUAGAAAAAAUAGAGAGAAACAUAAGUUUUUGGAGUAAACAAAAUGGCAAAUUGGUCCAUAAUAUUCAUGUUUGCACUAGUACUAGUCCAUGCCACAGCAAGAAAUAUUCCUGAGGUUCAAAAUGUAAACACUAAGACUUUAAGUACUAAUUCUCCAACACCAAGCAAAAUUGGAGGACUUAAUGACAAGAAAAAUUUUAUAACAUAUGGUGGCAUAGGGGGUUGUUCCGGAAUUGGUGGAGUAGGUGGGGUUUUGCCAAUACUUGGCGGUGCCGUAGGCGGCGUUGGUGGUGCCGCCGGUGGUGUUGGUGGAGUCGGUGGCGGUCUUGGUGGUGCCGGGUUUAAAGGGAUUGGCGGUGGCAUUGGCGGUGCCGGAGGUGUUGGUGGUGGUGGACUAGGUGUUGGUGGUGGAAUUGGUGGUUAUAAAGGUGUGGGAGUUAUUAUUCCUUGAAGUGUUUUACUAUAUAGUGUUGGUUAAUAUUUUAUUUUGUUAUUGCAUGCAUGUUCUCCUAGUUCUUGUGUUGUUUCAAGUGUCUAGUAUUUAAAUUUUAUGUUUUUAAUUAAAAGUGUUAGUAUUACUAUUAUUUCCUAGAUCAUUGUGUUAUCUAGUAUUUUG